UACGUCAUCAAGAGUCUCGGGAGUCCCGCUUCCUGAUUAAAGAUGGCUGACGAUAGUGAGACAGCACCGACUGGCUUGGAGGAUCAUGAUCAUGAGCAUUGUAGCGACUGCGAAAAUGAAGGAGAGCACAUGCACAAUAGCGGACUCAGAAGUCCAGAUGAGACUGGGGCUAAAAAGAAGAAAAAGAAACCAAAAAGAAAGAAGGAGAAAGGAGAAGGAAAACAGGAUUCAACCUCUGAUAAUCCUGUGAAGGUGAACCCUUUGCCAGUUGAGAAGAUCCAGGAAAUCCAGAAGGCUAUAGAACUGUUUUCAAUAGGACAAGGGCCAGCAAAAACCAUGGACGAGGCUAAAAAACGUAGUUACCAGUUCUGGGAUACACAGCCAGUACCAAAACUAGGUGAUGUAGUAUUGACACAUGGCUCGAUUGAACCUGAUAAGGACAACAUUCGUCAGGAACCAUACAGCUUGCCACAGGGUUUCAUGUGGGAUGCCCUGGAUCUGGGAGAUUCUUAUGUGCUGAAAGAACUUUACACCCUGCUGAAUGAAAACUAUGUAGAAGAUGAUGACAAUAUGUUUCGAUUUGAUUACUCGCCAGACUUUUUGUUGUGGGCCCUCCGACCUCCAGGCUGGUUGCGACAGUGGCACUGCGGAGUCAGAGUCAUAUCAAAUAAGAAACUUGUAGGGUUCAUUAGUGCAAUCCCAGCCAACAUCCGCAUCUAUGACAAUGUAAAGAAGAUGGUGGAAAUCAAUUUCCUUUGUGUUCACAAGAAACUGAGAUCCAAGCGGGUGGCACCCGUUCUUAUUCGUGAAAUCACACGAAGAGUAAACUUGGAGGGAAUAUUUCAAGCUGUUUACACUGCAGGAGUAAUUCUUCCAAAACCUGUAGGAACUUGCAGGUACUGGCACAGAUCACUUAAUCCUAGAAAAUUGGUAGAAGUGAAGUUUUCUCACUUGAGUCGAAACAUGACUAUGCAACGUACCAUGAAGCUCUACCGGUUACCAGAGACUUAUAAAACUUCUGGGUUAAGGACAAUGGAAAACAAAGACAUACCUAUGGUGCACAAGCUACUGACUGAAUACUUGAAACAAUUUCAUUUAACACCAGUCAUGAGCAAAGAUGAGGUGGAACACUGGUUUCUGCCCCGUGAAAACAUCAUUGACACUUAUGUAGUAGAGAAUGGAAGAGGGGAGCUAACAGAUGUUUUGAGCUUCUAUACCCUUCCUUCAACAAUCAUGAAUCAUCCAGUCCACAAGAGCCUGAAAGCAGCAUAUUCUUUCUAUAACGUCCAUACCAAAACACCAUUAGCUGACCUUAUGACUGAUGCCCUUAUUCUGGCAAAGUUGAAAGGUUUUGAUGUUUUCAAUGCACUGGACCUGAUGGAAAAUAAAACAUUUCUGGAGAAGUUGAAGUUUGGAAUUGGUGAUGGAAACUUACAAUAUUACCUUUAUAAUUGGAGGUGUCCGCCCAUGGGACCUGAGAAGGUUGGACUUGUGCUUCAGUAGUAAGUGUCCUCCAGAAAAAAUGGAAUAAAGCCACUGAGACAUCUGAAGAAAUUAACUGCUGCUGUUUCAGCUCCAGAUUCUCCCCUGGAAACAUGGAAACACACAGGAGGCAGCAGAUGACUUCAUAUGUAAAAACAAUAAACAGAUGUAUGCUGACUUUUGAGUGUAUCAUACUGCAUAGUGUAUGCUGCGCCCUUAAAAUUCACGCUGUUAUCAGUCCAGUGUAUUCUAAGACAGCUAUAUCCAAAUGUGUGGAGAAUGAAACCAGACCGUACUGAUAACCAAUUUUCGUGGGCAGGUAACCAAGCAAGCAGGUUGGUUGCCAAAAAAGUGGUAUAUAUUUUCUUUCUCAUCUCUUUUCAUAAAAAGAGAGUAUUGAAGAUUGUUGAAGUUGCACUGUCCCCAUGUUGUGAGGCCUCCCUGGAAAACUACUAAAUAAACUUUGGUGUAAACCAAGGA